ACUCAGCAUCCGGCCCAACCACACGAUUGCCUACCUCUUAGAUCUAUGAUCCCUAUUCAUUACUGACAUGUCGUGGUUACUGACCCUAUCUGCUGCCAGGUUCACCUACCUAUAUGUCACCCUCAAUUCAAUAUGCUGGAAACAAGAUCCAGAUUAAUUGGUUUGUAUUGGUUGGAACUCUUGAAAUACGAUCUCUUCGAUCCAUACAAAGAAGCACGAGUUUACGAACUCUUUUCUAGGAUUAGUAAUUAUCACACAAUCUAAAGGGUAACUUGACAUGAAUAUCGUUUGGGGUGUAGAAUUUUAUGAUCAUGAAAAUAACGACAGCAAAAAAAAAGAAAAAAGAAGUCAAGGUGUUAAAUUAUUACAAAAAUCGGUUCUCAUUUGAAUGGGUCUUCUCAACCCAUAAUUAGCAAUGCUCUCCCGUUAUAAAAGCAAUCAUAUAACAACAACAACCCCCUUUUGAAGGAGAAGACAGACAGAAAGAAAAACCAAGAAAAGAAGAGAAAGAAGAAUCCCAUAAGCAAGCAAUUGAGGAACAUUGCAUUAAGAAAUUAAGAAUGAUGGGUGGAAACACUGCAUUGCUCUGUGCUGCGGCUGCUUGCUUUAUCCUCCUGCAGCUGCAACCUGUCAGCUCCCAUUUCAUCUCCUCCGACGCUCUUGAAGCCAACAACAGAACAGACCACCCAGGCCGCAGCACGCUCCAACAAGACCAGAAAGACGUCAACCCGAUCGAGGCGAUCGUGAACAAAGCUCCCUGCAACAAGGUGAACUUCGACGCGAUCAGCUACAAGCCGCUGAGGGACGAGUGCAAGCCGCCGUACCCAGUAGGGCAGUGCUGCGACGCCCUGAAGAAGCAGGCGUGCCCGUACACCGACGCCAUCAACGACGACAAGACGGUGUGCGCUCUGGAUCUGUUCUGGAACAUCAACAAGUGGUACCCGGCGGGAUGGUUCCUCCAUCACUGCAAAGAAGGCCCCCAUGGCAUCCGCUGCGGACCCGAUGAUUACAAGCACAAAACCUCCGCUGCUGCCCCUUCCCCCAAAUCCGACGACGCAGCUACUGGAUCCGAUAAAAAGGGAUCUGAUCACAAAAACUAGAGAAACUAUGAUGAGCACCAUUUGGCCAAUUUUUGUUUUUUUUUUUUGUUCUCCAUUCUCGCCAACUUUACAAAAUUUGUGUAAUUUCUCACAGAGCUAUAUUCCUUCGCAUAUAAUAACUGAUUAAUUUUUGUGUCAUUCUCCAUGACUAUCUAUUGAUUAAUAUUAAUAAGGUCUCAAUGGUAGUUCUUUCCGGGGAAGAAGUAAUCUCUGUGGUUACUAAGAGUGAAUUGGGUGUGAAAAAAUAAAUUAUAUUAAUUAAUUAAGUUUAAUAAAUUACAUUUAGAUAG